AUGUCGGUCAAGUUCGAAAAAGAUACGAUUAAGCAGACGGGCGGGGUGGCGGGCACACAAGGCGCACCAGUAAUCAAAUCAGGCAAACACGAACUGGCAGAUGAGAUCGGAACUGCGUUGACUGGAGGCAAGGGAAAUGCUGGCACGAAGGGUUACUUGGCUGGACCGGGACAGCUGGAUUCUGUGCAGAGUGCUGAUGACUUCCUCCUGCAGGCAUACCUGAAGCAGCUUCAGACGAACCCUCUUCGCACAAAGAUGCUGACAUCAGGCACGUUAUCUGGUCUACAAGAGCUUCUGGCUUCAUGGAUCGCGAAGGACCGCAACAAGAACGGCAACUACUUUACGGCUCGCGUGCCCAAGAUGGCUGCAUAUGGAGCGUUCAUUAGCGCGCCUCUGGGACAUGUUUUGAUCAGCAUACUCCAGAAGCUGUUCGCAGGCCGUACGAGUCUCAAGGCCAAGAUCCUUCAGAUCCUUGUGAGCAACUUAGUUAUCGCUCCAAUCCAGAACAGCGUCUACUUGGUCUCGAUGGCUAUCAUCGCUGGUGCGAAGACGAUCCAUCAAGUGCAUGCAACCUGGAAGGCCGGCUUUAUGCCUGUUAUGAAGGUCAGCUGGAUCUCUUCCCCGCUCGCGCUCGCGUUCGCACAAAAGUUCCUGCCUGAACACACUUGGGUUCCGUUCUUCAACAUUAUCGGCUUCGUCAUUGGUACAUAUGUCAACUCGGUGACAAAGAAGAAGCGUCUCGCUGCUCUACGCAAGAGAUAUAACGAUGAAAGGGGAGGCAGACCGGAUGAGUACCCAAGUGGACCGAAAUACUAA